CAGCCCAUUACUCACAUUCCUAGAGUCCAACUGAGGAAAGUUAUGAUCAGGAUUGCCUUCAGUGUACGCUUUUGGAGCUUCUAAAUAACUUUGUUUCUUUUACAUUCAGAGAGUUGUUAAAUGGCGUUAUCGUGGGACUGUGGUCUAAAGUACAUGUUCUUCAUGUCCCCUGGAGUGCAGCAAGGUAGCAAGUGCAUCUUGCAUGACAAGGAGGAAUUGUCCAGGCUGGAGAUGGUCCAGAGACUUGCGAAGGAUGGCUGCCGGUUCCUUCAAAUCCACAGCAAGGGUCCAGACAGAAUGACUGAGCCCCAGAGUGACGAGGCAGUCCGCUUGUGUGUGAGGGAGCGAGGCCACGAUGUGCUCGUUUUCCAGAGAGUGUUGUCAGAGCAGCCAGCACAUGCUGCAUGGUCGAGGGGAGGAGGCAGAGAAGAGGCGAGGACCCAGAGGUACGUGGUGGUGUCAGGAACCCCCGAGAAGAUCCUGGAUCACCUGCUGAAUGUAAUGACAUUGGAGGAUGACCAAAGCUCCACCCAGCAGAAAGAGUCAGAUAUGCUUCGGGAUGAUUUUUUGCUCACAUACCCAGUGUACAUGUCAACCGGUGAUUUAUGCCAAGCUCUUCUGGGGCACUAUUGUUCCAAGCGUCACAGAGUUAAACAGGACCAAAAAGAAGCUUUGGAGAGGAAACAGAAAGUCCUGCACCUGGUGUGGCAUUGGAUGUCUCUCUGCAGAGGCUUCCUGAGGGAGGAUGAGAAUGUCAAAGUCUUCCUGAAGAGUUUGUACCGUUACGUGUUAGAUGACCUUUAUGAGCACCCGGCUCUGGAGAAGGAUGUAACAGAGUUGCAAAAACUCUACCAGCUGAGACGCAGACACACUUUUGACGAUACCUCCCCCCACAGAAAUAGCAAAGCUCUUUUUCACCAGCUGAGCUUAAAAGAGAAUGGGCAGAGAUCCAGCAGCACACACAGGGAGAACAAGGAAGCUCUGUGCCGUGUCUAUGUCACGAUGGACUCAUACCUCAGUGCAAAGGUCCACUAUGAGGUGGUAGCUCAGGAACUGCUGCAGGCAGUGGCUGAGAGGAUAGAUGUUCCUUCAUCAGAACUGAUACUGGUGGCCAUCACUUAUCCUGGAGGUAGACUCCUCCUGCAACCUCAGGACAGAGUUUUCACCAAUUCUUUACGGCCAGUAGGAAGGCUUCAUGUCUGCAGGAAGGACUUUGGUGAAGUUAUGAACCCAUUUACAGACAACUCAGAGAUCCAACAGAGGACAAAUGGCCUUCUGAAUUUAAACACAUGGGAUGUGGCAGUUGCACUCACCAACUUUGAUUGGACAAUUUUCACCAGGAUGCAUGAGCAGGAACUGGUGUACUUCACCUUCAACCGCAAUGUUUACAGCAGCCAUACAAUGCAAUUAGAGCUGCUCCUGCAGAGAUGCAAUGAAGUCCAGCUGUGGGUGAUGACUGAGGUGCUGCUAUGCCCAACACCCUGCAAGAGGGUCCAGCUCAUCAAGAAGUUCAUUAAGAUUGCUGCUCACUGCAAAGCACAGAGAAACCUCAACAGCUUCUUUGCCAUCAUCUUGGGCCUGAAUGCUGCUGCUGUAAGCCGCCUCAGUCAGACGUGGGAGAAAAUUCCUGGGAAAUUUAAGAAGUUGUUUUCCGAGCUGGAGGCAGUCACAGAUCCCUCACUCAACCACAAGGUCUACAGGGAAUCCUUCAAGAAGAUGAAAUCUCCAAAGAUCCCGUUUCUUCCUCUACUCUUGAAAGAUAUCACAUUCAUUCAUGAAGGCAACAAAACCUUUCAUGAUAAUCUGGUCAAUUUUGAGAAGUUGCACAUGAUAGCAGACAUGGCCAGAUUCAUCCGGGACUGUCAGCAAGAUCACCUGGGAAAUGGAAUAGCCCAGAAGAGCAGCUCAGAGGUUCAAGCCUACACUGAUUACCUUCACAUAAUCGACAAUCAGCAGACUCUGUUUGAACUGUCACACAGGCUGGAGCCUCGUGCUUAGACAGGAGCCUUUUCUAUUCUUCCCACUUUGUGGAAUCGCCAAGGAGCAACCCUUUACCAAGUCAGCUCAUAGUGCUCAGGACUCAGUCAGCAAUCCUGCUUAGUCUCCACAUGUUUGAUGCCAAGACUAAAUGGAGCAGCUCAAUCAGGAGGCUGUCACAGAGACCUGAACAAGCAGUGAAAUAAACAUGUGAGGAAGGCAGCAGAAAAUGUUGGAAUCCUUUAGCACGUGACUGAUCCAUUCAGCGAUUACUCAACAGAAAAGCUGCAGUGCCAGCGGCUGAACUGCAAGAACAGCAGAAGCCUUGAGCAUCAGCCAUUUAUCAGUACAUCUUCAUGGGUCUAGAGGUGCUGCUGUUUCUAUUAUGACCUGUAGAUGGCAGAAGUUAGAUAGAGUACAUUUUCUCUGACAGAGACACACUGCAAAGAAUGCUUCCAGUUUAUUAAUAUGUUAUCUUUAAAUUCUUUGAAUUAUUUCAUGUUGGUUUAAACAGUUUCAUAACCUGUCAAAGUCAAUCAAAGGCUGGUUCCAGUGAAUCAGCCUGGUACAUGAUAAAGGAGAGUUCUGUAUAUUUCUAAGGAACAUUUAUUUAGAAUCAUCAGCAAAGCUGAAACGCCAGUUCAAGGAAACAAAAGAAAAUUCCACCACCUUACUUGUUCCUAGCUUUGACGUACAGCAUGGAGGCGUUAGGACCAAUUGUCGUCGAAAAUCAAGGUACAAAUCUGUGUUUAUCUGAUUAGAACCUGUCAAAACUUGGCUGAG